AUGGAAGACUACGUCCAACACGCCAUCCGCUCCCUCCACCCCGCCUUCCUCUCACACGCAGAUUGGGUCCACUUCCCUGCACUCCAGGACUACUGUCACGUCUGGGAUGCCUACGCCUCCUCCUCUUCACUUUCCUCCUCCACCUACCCUUCCUCAAACGAUCGGAAACACCACAACCGUCCCUUCGCCGUCUUCCGCCUGGGCAACGGCAAACCCAUCCCCGCCGGUCUCGCCGGUUACUUCUACUACUACGCCCCCGGAGGGCCUGUUCCACCUACUGCCGGCGAGAUCCGCUUCCGCGUUAUCCCCCGGGGCCCUCCAAACCUUCACCUCUUCAACCAGUCCCAGAACCUCCUCUCCGACUCCGAGCGUGGGCUCCCAUGGCACCUCCCGCUGACUACCAUCGCCGCACGCGACUCGUACCAGGUCUACCGCGAGGUCCUCCUGCGCGACGGGCUCGUAAGUCCAGAGCUGCUCGCGCGCGCGGCGGAGAUGGGCCGGGAGGUGUUGGGCGAACGGAGCGGGGGGAGGAAGGCGCAAGUCGUGCACGGCUUCAGGCAGCCGUGGUUCAUCGACUUCGGGAGCAAGGUGCACUGGUGGUGGUUUAUGGGCGCCGACAAGCUGCACACUACCCCGCCCAUGCCGAACAUCCUCAGCUGGAAGGUCGGACAAGACAGGACGCCAUCCCCUUGGCUAGGCACCGCGCUCUGCUCUUUCUUCCCGGAUGCACACCCGCGCCUGCGCGGCCACCGCGUCGUCAAGAUCAAAGUCGUCAAGCUCCUUUCGCCCAUCACUCCCAACCCCGAGUUCCCGGAGGAACUACGCUACCUCGUCUCCGCCCCUGAGGCCGAGCCCCGCGAGGGCGCGUUUCUCCGGCGCGGGCAGCCGCUGUGGCAGAUGGAUGUCGACAGGGAAGGCGUAGAGAAGGGGAGGCGGGAGGGAUUCGGGGCGCUGUUUGCGAACUUGGGCUUGCCCCCGCUGAGGACGGACAAGGCGCUCAGGCAGAAGGUUCCUGGAGAGGAGUUGACGAGCCAGGGGGGUCUGAAGGGGCAGAGUAGUGAGGAUAGGGAGGGGAGGAGAACCUUGAGGAGUUUGGUGCGAUAG